AUGACACACGAUUUCAGGAAGAUAAAACGCGAUGAACGGCGCGAAACGAAGGGGAAGGGACGUACUGGAGCAGCGGACAUGGUUGGGCGUGUCCUGUGUCAAUUAACCCUCGACCCAAAUUCGGUAAGUCUAGGCACUUGCCGAUCAACAAAAAGUUUCGCCCCAUCUAUCACCUCAACCAUGCCUCGCACACCGAAAUCAUCAGGAAAAUCCAGACACGACCCCCUCAUCGUCCAGCUCGAUGAAGACGAGGUGGAGGCUAAGUACGGCCGCAUCUCCCAGCCCGGAAAGCGGAAAAAAUCAAGACGCAGCAAUGCCGAUGAGGACUCGGCAGAGGUCAUCUUGGACCCAAAAACAUCCAGACGCAUCUUCGAACUAGCCAAAGACCAGCAAGAUGAAUUGGACAUGCCAGAGGAUGAAGAGAUUCCCGAAGAGGACGACGACGAGCGGGCCCAAGUUCUCUCGCGGCCAAGGAUACCACAAGGACAGAUGGACGAGGAUGAAGAAGGAGAAUUUGACAACACUGGUGCAGAUAUAGAAGAUGAAUAUGAAAUAGAUCCUGAAGACAUGGAGGCACUUGACGCCCUCCAUCCGGCCAACGCUGGAGAACGGAAAACGUUAGCAGACCUCAUCUUCGCUAAACUAGACAGCAGGGAGGUCACCUCCACCGCUGCCAUACAAAAAGUGCACCAAGAUCGUGAUGCUCCAGACCCAGCUGCUGGUCUCAAUCCCGCCGUCGUUGAAGCGUACUCGAAAAUAGGACUGCUCUUACGCUCAUACAAAUCCGGCCCUCUCCCGAAACUCUUCAAAGUUAUUCCCUCCCUGCCCGCGUGGGCGCGCAUGCUGGCUCUGACACAUCCCGAAAACUGGUCUCCACACGCCUGCUGGGCCGCAACCAAGAUUUUCAUCUCUAACAUGAAGCCCGCGCAAGCUCAACUAUUUCUCAGUAUUGUCUUGCUCGACGCUAUCCGAGAAGAUAUAGCAGAAAACAAAAAGCUGAACGUGCAUUACUAUGAGGCGCUCAAAAAAUCACUUUACAAGCCCGGGGCAUUUUUCAAAGGGAUUAUUUUCCCUUUACUUGAUCAAGGCUGCACCCUCAAGGAGGCAACAAUAGUCGCUUCAAUUCUUGCUCGAACCAAGAUCCCUGUCCUCCAUUCCUCCGCAGCCCUACUUCGCAUUGCAGAAAUGGACUAUACAGGACCUAAUUCGCUAUUUAUUCGGGUCCUGCUCGACAAAAAAUACGAGCUUCCCUACAAAGUUGUCGACGCCCUCGUAUUCCACUUCAUCCGACUAUCCAACAAUUACAAAGUAAAAACACGAGCGGAUUCUGAGAAGCUCCCUGUCCUCUGGCACCAGAGCCUUCUGGUAUUUGUUCAAAGGUAUGCGUCAGAUUUGACGCCCGACCAGAAAGAUGCACUGUUGGACGUGAUUCGCGCUACACCUCAUCCGCAAAUCAGCGCAGAAGUCCGGAGAGAGCUGGUCAACUCUGUGGUACGAGGUGCACCAAGGGAGCCCUCGGACCAGGACGUCAUAAUGGGCUGA